GGACGGCAGCCGGUUACUAUAAUAUCCCUCCAGCAUCAUGGCAGCGGCGGCGGAGUGUCCCGGCACUGAUGCGGCUUUCCCGGAGACCCGGGGCAGUUCGGCGACGGCAGGUGGCAGCGGGGUCCCGGGAGCUGCUGCCGGGGACAAACCCGUGUGUCUCAUCGUGCUCGGCAUGGCGGGCUCCGGGAAAACCACCUUCGUCCAGAGGCUGACGGCUCAUCUGCAUUCCCUCAAAGCUCCUCCAUAUGUCAUCAACCUGGACCCCGCCGUCCACGAGGUCCCUUUCCCUGCAAACAUCGACAUCAGGGACACAGUGAACUACAAGGAGGUGAUGAAGCAGUACGGCCUCGGACCCAACGGCGGCAUCGUGACAUCACUCAACCUGUUCGCCACCCGUUUUGAUCAGGUGAUGCAGUUCAUCGAGAAGAAGCGACAGAAUCACCGGUACGUCCUGAUUGACACUCCAGGUCAGAUCGAAGUCUUCACCUGGUCGGCGUCUGGAACCAUCAUCACCGAAGCUCUGGCGUCAUCCUUCCCCUGCGUGGUGAUCUACGUCAUGGACACGUCCCGCAGCGUCAACCCCGUCACCUUCAUGUCCAACAUGUUGUACGCCUGCAGUAUCCUCUACAAGACGAAGCUGCCCUUCAUCGUGGUCAUGAACAAGACCGACAUCAUUGACCACAGCUUUGCGGUGGAGUGGAUGCAGGACUUUGAGGCUUUCCAGGACGCUUUGAACCAGGAAACCUCGUACGUGAGCAACCUGACACGCUCCAUGAGCCUCGUGCUGGACGAGUUCUACACCAACCUGAGGGUGGUGGGCGUGUCUGCGGUGACAGGAAGUGGAUUAGACGAGCUGUUUGUGCAGGUGGAGGACGCGGCCAAGGAGUACGAGAGGGACUACCGACCCGAGUACGAACGACUCCGCAAACAGCUGACCGACGCUCAGAGCAAGAAGCAGCAGGAGCAGCUGGAGCGGCUCCGGAAGGACCUGGGAGCCGUCGACAUGAGGAACACGCCGUCCACAGCAGAUGAAGCCAACAUCGCCGGGCCCAGUGACCUCAUUAUGACACGCGGUAAUCCUGACGAGGAGGACGAGGAGGCGGUGGACAGCGACACAGACGACAUCGACCACACCGUGACGGAGGAGAGCAAGGAGACCGAAGCCUUCGGAAACUUCCUGAAGGAGAGGAUGGAAGUGGUUCAGGUCCGAAACAGGAAGUGUAUGAUACCCGAGGAUCCCUGACCUCAGAGGUUUCCCUCUGCAGGACACGGACUAUUACCUGGAGCGGAUCUUCCACUGCUGACGCACCUCGUCACAAGUUCAGACACGACGAAGCGAGGGCUGAACUUCCUGUAUGAUCAGGUGACCUGAUUGGCUGCUCCUUCCCAAAAAGAGAGAGAGAACUAUAUUUUUAUAUCUUCUGUUCCAUUACUGUUGGCUUUGUUUGUGAAAGUACUGAAAGGAUUUAUAACAUGUAAAAUAAAAUGAGCUCUGAUAUCAGGACUGGUUUUAAGCCUUUGACUCGACCUCGUGAUUCCAGAAGCUCCGUCUUUAUUCAGACGUCAGGAAACAAACAAACGUUUACGGAACAAUAACAGGUCACUGAGUGCUGAGUGAUCGAUAAUGAUGAAAACCAGGCGACACUUUCAGACACUUUCUACACUGGAGUCUGUAAACUUCUAAAGAAAGACGGCUAUAAAGCGUCCAGGUUCUUUGAAAUGUUCUCAGAGAACAUAGACGAUGUUCUUGUGAUGGUCAUAAAUGUCCAGCGAAAUAACGGAGAACUGCACUUCCUGAGACGGGCACCAUCAAGGGAGGACGUCCUGUCUAAACCGACCAGUCGGCACGCAUUAGCAGCAUGCUGGUGUUUAGUGGGCAAAAUGAGCUCUGUGAGAAACUAAAGGACGGACGAGUCAAACUAAAGAACGAUGUCGGCUGUUUGUCUUUAGAAAAUAAAUGAUGAGAUGACAUGUGGCUGCAGGAGCUGUGGUAGCCAUGCUGGUUCAGUGUGCUUUCA